UUGGCGGGGGUGAGAGUGGUGUAGGUGGCGCGGCGUCAACACCCAGCUAGGGCCAGUCGUGGGGACCUGCUACUGGACAUGGGGCUCCUCAGGUCUGCCCUCUUUAUCUCCUUCUUCUCCUUCAUCUACACAGAAGAAUGGAACACCCACGAGUACAUGAUCCGGGAGCACUCGUUAGUGAAGCCUUACCAAGGUUUGGGAACUUCAAUUCCAUAUUGGGAUUUUCUUGGAAGCACCAUUGUGACCAACAAUUACAUUAGACUAACAGCAGAUGUGCAAAGUUUGCGUGGAGCAAUAUGGAAUAAAGUGCAGUGUUAUUUACGUAAUUGGGAAAUGCACAUUCAAUUUAAAGUUCACGGCCAUGGAAAGGACUUGUUUGGUGAUGGCUUUGCCUUCUGGUACGUGAAAGAACCCAUGCAGGAGGGUGAUGUGUUUGGUAGCAAGGACUUCUUCACCGGGUUAGCAGUAAUCAUGGACACCUACAGUAAUCAUAACGGACCACACAAUCAUGGUCAUCCCUACAUCUCGGCCAUGAUCAACAAUGGCACUCUCCACUACGACCAUGACCGUGAUGGCACUCACACCCAGUUGUCAUCAGGUUGCGUUUCCAAGUUUAGGAAUCUGGAGCAUGAUACAUACGUUUCCAUCAAGUAUGUCCACGACACAUUAACAGUGUCAACUGAUAUAGACAACAGGCAAAUAUUCAAGGAAUGUUUUACUGUGGCCGGGGUUAAGCUGCCCUUGGGAUAUUUUCUUGGCGUGUCUGCUGCUACAGGUGAUCUCAGUGACGCACAUGACAUCAUUUCCCUCAAGAUGUAUGAUCUGUCAACCCCAGAUGAUGACAUACUUGAGGACCGAGUAAACAUAAUGCCUUCUGCUUCGUUUUUUGAGCCUCCCCGAGACCAUGUUGAGGAUCCUAAGCCAUCAUCUCUGUCAACUGGGAAGCAGAUAUUUCUUCUAAUUUUAGGCGUCAUUACCAUCUGUGGGUGUGUUUUCAUAGGUGGUUUAUUCUACACUAAGCAGAAGGAGCAGCAACGCAAAAGGUUUUACUAAAUGAAUUCUAACAUGAAUUACUACGAUUUUGUUUUAAAUUUUAUGACUGGAUGUGAAGUACUAUACAGGAUCUUACUUUACAUUAACUUCGCUUUAUAUAAAGUUUUGUGAAGUAUUUUGUAUGUGGAUCAAUUUUGGUAUGUUAACAUCUUAAAACUUAGGGUGUGGGCUGAUUUAUGUGAAUUAAGGCCAUAAAUAUGCUGCAGUUCAUAGUAAAGCAUUUGUUAGCAUUUGUACAGUACUGUAUAUGUAUUAUACAAUGUGCAUAAGCAUGAGUAGUAAAAUAAGCAGGUGUGUGCAUUGUUGCAGCCAAAACCUACAGAAAUGGUACACUCGCCAUGCAUUUUAUACCUUCGGAGUAAAUUCUGUAUAUUAUUCUUUAGGCAGUGUGGUGUUGCCACCGUCCACUGAUGGUACACGAGAGAUCUAACCAGGGAUCAUACAAGUCUGUGAUGAAUAUACCAAGUAUUAAGCAAAUAUUUUUGUUUAAAAAAAAUAUUUAUCAAUAUAGCUGAUGCUUUCUCUUUGGGAGCUUGAUUUUUUUUUUAAGAAAGCUAUGUGCAAUUUCAGAAAAAAAGGUUAAUGGGUAAAAAAAAAAACUGCUAAGAUUGCACACUUAAUGUGGUAUUGUUGCUUUAUAAAACACCAAAAAGCAUUCUUCAUAAUCCUACUCAUAGCUUUAUAAUUAUAUUUCUUGAACAUUAAGUGGCUAUACCUGUAUAGUAAUAGAGGUGUCUAUUCUUUAUAUUUGGCUAAAUCUUCAUGUAACUUCAUAAAUUACUUUUUUAUUAUGUGAUGUCUUAAAAGUUGCAUUUUGCAGUGAAUAUCUUGAUUUUCACAUACAAUGUAUGUGUGUGGCUUGUAGAGUUGUGUAAAGUUUUUAAUGUAAAUAAGGAACUUUAAAAUGCGUUCAGUUAAAUGCAAUCCUAUUUGCUUUGAUCUUAAGAGCCUGGAAAGUUGAAGAAUAUAGUAAACAGUAAUACAAUUUGGGAAGUAAAAGUUACAAUGUUCAAAGCUCAGUAAUGCUUUUAACAAACUAUGAUACAGUAUGUGCAUAUGAAAGUUUUGUACAACUUAAUUAAACCUGAAAUGAAAAUAUAUAUUCAGGUGGUUUUAUCUCAAUUUACCAUUAUAUUAUAAAAAUUAGAGUAAUAACAAGAAUUCUUUAAAUAUUCUUUUAAGUUUGAUUUAAAUUCUGAACACUUCUUCCGAGGUUAUUUUACUUUAGAGAAUCGUCUGCCUUACUUUCAUUACAGUACCUUGUAUGUGGCAAGCUUGGUGUACACGUAGCACGAUGUUUGCAGCGGUACUGGCUUAGUGCUCUCUAAUCGUAAUUACCUUAGUUACUUAACAAUCCCUCGCUUAAUAGUGGUGGGAGAUACACUCUGAGGAGCAGCCAUCUUCUCUGGGAAACAUUAUCAAAAGGAUAAUUCAACAUUAAUCGUAUCCAGCAAUUUUGCUAAAGGGAAUUCUCAUAAUUGUAGUACAGUAAUUUUGUUAUACAUUUUUUCUAUCUGAUUUUUAAUCUUUGCACAAAGUAGCCCAAAAAUAGAUUGUACAUUUACUGGCUAAUUAUCCAUUGUAACGAUAUAUAAUAUAUAUAUAUAUAUAAUGUCUUAAUAUUUUAUAUUGCUAAUCUAAAUUAUUUACAGUACAUUUGUGAAGUUUUGUUUUAUCCUGAAUUUGUAUAUUCAUAUAAUAUUGAAGUUAGUCAUAUUAUGUGUUGAGUUGAUUGACCCUCUGGAAUUUUGGGGAGAUCAAACAAGUCUGGAAUAAGGAAGCUGUAAAGUCUUGUGUAUCAGGAAAACAAACAAUGUCUUCAACACCUGAUGUUCUAAGGCUGUUGAGAGAAAUGAAUUAUCCAAAACUUUAAUGUUUUCCAUAUUUACUCUUAACUAUUUGUUUUUUUAACUAUUUUUUAAUACUUUGUGUGUGAAAUUAGUAUAACAAGCAAAAACCUUGUUUUCAUAAAAUAAUUGUAUGUAGAUAAAUUUGUUUUUCUAGGGUUGUUCUGCCGUUGUAUGAUGAUGGUCACAUUGUGACACAUUCAGCACAAUAACGUUGAUUACGUCCCCCGGUGGCUUUUGUUUUGCAACUUGGUUGUCAUUGGCCCAAGUACAUAAAUCAUCAGCAAAGAAGGUGAUAUAAUGAGGUGCAUGUAUAUUAUAGCAGCAACACUUACAUGUAAUGUUAGCAGUUAAUAACUAAUAAAAUAAAGCAGGUUAAACUGGGUUCCCACAUUGGUGCUUCCGACUUUACCAUCUUUUUCAUAAGCUGUAUUUUAAACUGUUCCUUGGCUAAACAAGUUUCAGAAUUUACCAUUUAUAUGAACUUGUGGAAGAGAAUUUUUCUCACUUUUCAGAUUGAGUGGGAUUUGCAAGUCUCUAGAAUUAAGCAUUGGUGUAAAAAGUUUUGACUUUGUUACUGGGCAUUAAUGAGUUCAUUGAACCUGAAUUUUGCAAUAAACAGAAAAUAUAAA